AUGAAUCACUUCCAGCAUCCAACGUUUUUACAAAACGAUCCGUACCUCACUCUUCUUACAGAGAUUCGCGACAUUGCGUUGCGUCUGGAAAGUAGCGUGACCAACAUUGAAAACGUGUUAAGUCUCAAUCCGCAGCAACAACCUCAUCCGCAGCGACUACAACCCCAACAACUUCUCUCUAAUGAGCAAGAUGUACGUGAACGCAUUGCGCAGUCGUACCAACCUUCGCAUACUGCUCUACUCUUUCCAAGCUUCGGUAGUCUUGAUCAAGAAAAGGCCGUAGCCAUGUACCACUCGCUCAGCGAAGAGUCCAAGGCUCAUAAAGGACGGUUGCAGAGACCACUCCUUUCAGAAUCACCAUCCAUCCCAAUGCCAUCACCAUCUUUUUCUUCGACUCGUCAACAAUCCCAACUGCCCCUUCCACCACAAGAAUCCGAACAAUCUACCACUGCUUCUUUAUCCGUUCCUUUAUCAUUCAUUCCUCCAUCAGCUCCUGCUCUACUACAAAAACCUACUUCUUCGUCAUCCGCUGUCUUCUCCAUUCCUUCCUCCAUAGUCCCCUCACCACAACAACCUGCUGCAUCACAAACCACUAGAUUGCAGCAAGGAAAGCACAAAACUCCCUUAUUCCCACCUCCACAACGCGAACGUCAAAACUAA